GGGAGGGGCGGUUUCCAUGGUAACUGUUUGUUUACAUGUUUACAUCUGGUUGAAACUGUAUCAUAGUGCAGUUGCAUGAAUAGUUUUUGAUUCAGAAGAUAACAGAAAAACAUGAUUUCUUUGUACGUCGAAAACUGAUGUGUUCUACUCGUUGGUUAUGAGAGAGUAGAGACGUUGCCAGCUACAACUGAAAAUCCCUGCUCAAGGCGUCAAAUAAAAUAAGUUCGACAUGGAUAUUGAACUGUCAAGAAUAGAUUAUUCCCUUUCAGGAAUAACACAACCUCAUACAAUGGAACUCUUGCCAGCUGCUGGUCCUCGUCUAGCUCAGAAGGUGGUUAUAGGAGAUCAAGAUGGAGUGUUGCAAUCGUUUUCUAUGAAAAAGGGUGAACAGCAAAUGGUUUUCAAGACACUUCCAGGCCCUGCAAUUUCUCGGAUGUGUCUUGGAGGUGCUGCGGGUACUGUCAAAGACAAAAUUUUUAUCUCAAAGAAAGGGGAAGUCCACGGAUUUACGAAGAAAGGCAAACUGUUCCUCAGUUUCGACACUUGUUUGGCGGAGUCCAUUAAGUCAAUGCACAUAAAUGGGAGUACUCUUCUUCUAUGCGGAAACACAGUCUACAAUCAGUUUAGAGAUUGCGAGGACACAGGCUCGUUCCUCUCGAGUGAUGGAAUCACCGACGUCAUCUCCUUACCAGGUGAAAAGACCCGCAGCCUGGUGGCGGUGCUGGCGUGCGCUGACGGCGUCCUCAGAGUCCUGGACGGCGCCGAGCUCGAGUCGCUGAACCGCCAGUCCAGGGCGUCCUCCCGGGUGUCCGCGACGGCGCCCUCCUCGGCCACGUCCAGCGCGCUGCGCCACGAGGUGCGCAUCCCCGGCGCGCCCACCGCCCUGCACCUGGCCAACAACACCGGCGGCGAGGCCGGCCAGAGCGUGCUGUUCGGCACGGACGACGGCCGCGUCGGCGUCGUGUCCGUCACGAGGAACUCGCCGCCCGUGUGGCGCUGGCUGGCGGGCACGGAGCGGGCCGGCGCCUCGGUCAGCACGCUGCACUGCCACGACCUGACGGGCGACGGCGAGCUGGACCUCAUCGUGGGCCGCGACGACGGCAGCCUGGAGGUGUUCGCCGUGGAGGCCAUGGCGGACGCCGCGGCCGCGGAGGACGCCGCGCACCGACGCUUUACCUACACGUGUCCGGAGAGCGUGUCCACGGCGCGCGGCGGCGUGCUGGGCACGCAGGGCUACGACGAGGUGGUGGUGUCCACGUACACGGGGCUGGUGUUCGGGCUGACGACGGAGCGCGUGGACGGCGUGGCGGCGCUGGCGCACGACGCGCAGUCCGUCAGCAUGACCGUGGGGCAGGACACGCGGCGCCGCCUGCAGGCGCUGCGCGCCGAGCUGGACGGCCUGGAGGAGAAGGUGUCCGCCGAGCGCGACCGCUACCUCGCCGCCGCCGAGGUGGGCGACAACGUCCUCUCCGUGGUGCCGUACCUCAACAUCAACCACAAGAUGAGUCUGAUCCGGGAGGAGGCGGCCUACCUGCUGACGCUGGAGGCGGCCACGGCCAUCGACAACGUCCUGGUGCAGUCCGACGUGCCCGUCGACAUCCUGGACGUGGACCGCAACUCGGCGGUGGUGUCCUUCAGCGACUGCGACGCCGAGGAGGGCAACAAGGCCCUGGUCACGUUCCGCUGCCAGCUCAACACGACGCGCCUGGACCUGCGGCUGCGCACGGUGGAGGGCCAGGCCGGCCUGCUGCGCGUCUACGUCACCCCGCUGGUGGCGCCCAAGUGCGCCGCGCUGCGAGUGCUGCGCGUCGCGCCACUGUCGCUGCACGCGCGCGCGCACCAGGCGGACGCCAUGGCGGACGCCGACAGGCCCUUCAGCGUGCUGACUCUGCGCGGCGCCUUCAGCCUGGCGGAGAUGCACGCCUGGCUCACAGCCUGCCUGCCCGACCUCUCCGACAAGCCGCCCUCCGAGGCCACCACCCUCUACUUCCAGAGCACGCUCAUCGGCACCGUGCUGGUCUGCUCCUACGGGAGGGGUGAAGCGGAGUUCAAGUCCGACAACGUGUCCACCAUCUGCAUCCUCAAAGAGUGCCUGUCCAAGUUGGCGACGGGCAGGUCCACGCACCUGGACAUUUCUUGCGCGGUGAACCCGGACAGCGGCGCGCACGCACUGCGCCUCAUGUUCCCGCUGCUGCGCGAGCAGGCCGCGCUGCACCGCGACCUGGCGCUGCUGGACGCGCUGCGCGACCUCGACAAGGACGCCCUCGCCGCCAAGUUCCUCGCCAUCCUGGACAACGAGGCGGACAUCCGGGACCGCCACAAGCGCUACCCCGCGUACCUGGACAGGCUUUGCGGCAUGCUGACGGACCUCUACAUCGACCACUUCAAGUUCCGGGGGCUGAACGUGAAGGCGCGCGUGCCGCAGCUCCUGGACUCGGUGUACAAGGCGCCGCUGGACACACUGCUGGACACGCUGCUGCAGCACUUCCGAGAGCCGCCGCCCGACUUGCGAGCCUGACUCGCACCAAAGUGUGGAGGGAAAAUG